AUGGAGCGGCUCGUUGGCAGGAUCAGUCCACUCUCUCCUUUUUUUUCUUUGCUGGCUGCAUUCGAGGCCGUUUGUGCGACGUUUCUUGCCUUCUUUAGGAAAUACUCACCGUCCCAGGCCAUGUCUUUGGCUGAUCGUGUGUCCCUGAUCUUUCAGUGUGGUGUGCCUCCCCAUAGUACUGGAUAUCCGCGGCAUUCAUUAGAGGCGCAAUAUACCCUCCUCACCACCUCGACAGAAAUGCCGUCGGUAGGCCCUCGUGCCUCAAAGGAGGAGUUCAUGCAAGCACUAGGGCUCAGCUCCCAUGACCCCCAACAUGAGCAAUUCUACAGAGCAAUGCGAGACGAAACCAUCGCCGUAUACAACCGCUUAAACGAAGACCCUUCUAACCUCCUCGACACCGUCGCCGCCGAUCCAUCCACUAAACCCCCUUAUUUCUGGCACCACAUCAAACCCGAGCGACAACAAUGGGCCGUCCGAGAGAUUGCGCAGAAUGCGGGGCCCCGGACGCGGCCGCUAUUUGCCCGCGGCGAAGUCAGCGGCGAGUACGGUCCAAACUGGGUAGCCGGAUGGUUGCUGUACAGUGUGUUUCGGUCGAGGGAUGUGCGCAACAACCGUAACCGAAGAAAGGGAGAGGAUUCAGGACAAGCGUCUCGACAGUCGAAGCAGAACGAUACCGGCCAGCCGAAGAAGGAAUACUACGAUCCGGUGCGGAACGGUUAA